CAAUAAAGACGCAAAGGCGCAAUUGUAGCCCACUUCUUCUUUAUAAGUCCGAGCAGCGGACUCCGGUCGGUACUUGGAAUAAACGGUAUUUCUGCCCUCUGUCCAUCUUUAUUAUUAGCGCUUCGCUCCGCCCUCCUACCUGUAAAUCUCCCCGCUCUCCUCUGGAGCGGAUCUGACAGGCGCUCUCAGCUGGCCGCUCCGUGCCAGGGCUGCAGGGGACCGAAUGGAGACAGCGAUAACCACCCGAGCGCCAGCCCUUUUACGCAGAAUUGACAACGAAAACGCCCGCAAGAAAACAGUCUUCUUCUCUGCAGUGACAGCUACACACCUCUAGAAUUAAAUUAGAUUAAUGUGCACUUUCCCCCAGCUUUUCCAACCUUUUUUUUUCUUUUCCAGCCCGCUCACAUUCGAUUGACGCUUCAAGAAAGUGAAAUCGAUUCUCCGCCUGUGAAUCGACAGGAUACCUGAAUGGAAGACGGCUAGAGGUCGCCUCGCCGAGAACGGGCUGCAACAAUUUUCCCCGGCGCUGUGUUUACAUUAACCGAAAUAUCAGUGGCAGCCUCGACGGCUGCAAACGAUGCCGUCUCUGCCAUGGCAUAUGGCGUGAUAGAGCCAGAGAACCCCCUCGGAACGAGAAGCGCCUAAGAUUCGUCAUUAUUGCGGAUUUAAAUGCCUCUCGCCAAAGGCCACCGACCCGCUGUUUUGGAUAGGUUCGCGUGUGCCGUGUCUCCUUCUGUCACGAACAAACAAUUCACAGGCUUGUGAAAAACAGAAAGAGACUUCAUCGGGUGGGUGAACAUAAUCUACAGCAAAGAGGGAGAUUUUUUUUUUUUCCCAAGCAAUAUGGCUGGUGAGUGGGGCUGGGGACGCUGGCACAGGCUCUCCAAGGCUCCUAAAUGCUAGCUGAGGCAGAUGGCACGGUUCCCCAUGGAAGCGACAGCUCUAUGAGGACAAGCAAUAUCAAUAAUAACAUAAAUCCGGACUCUUCAAUCUUAAUAUCGAGGAUGGCAGACGUUGUCAUCCCGUACUCGUCCGAGGUGCCCUGCGACAAUAAUGGCCAGCGCAUGUGGUGGGCAUUCCUCGCCUCCUCCAUGGUGACGUUUUUUGGGGGUCUCUUCAUCAUUCUGCUAUGGAGGACCCUCAAAUAUCUGUGGACUGUUUGCUGUCACUGCAACAUUAAAAACAAGGAGGCUCAGAAGGUGAACAACCCCGCCAACAAUCAGGCAGCAGACAGAGCACCAAAGGGCCCUGAUGAGAAGGAGGAGGCGCCAGCCAAUGAAGUGGGAUGGAUGACUUCAGUCAAAGACUGGGCCGGUGUCAUGAUCUCCGCUCAGACACUCACUGGCAGAGUUCUUGUGGUGUUAGUCUUUGCACUCAGCAUCGGGGCCCUUGGAAUAUACUUUAUAGACUCCUCAGAUCCUAUAGAAUCCUGCCAGAACUUCUACAAAGAUUUCACGUUACAGAUUGAUAUGGCCUUCAACGUAUUCUUCCUUCUUUACUUUGGCCUGCGGUUUAUAGCAGCCAAUGACAAGCUGUGGUUCUGGCUGGAGGUCAACUCAGUGGUUGACUUCUUCACUGUUCCUCCUGUGUUCGUCUCUGUCUACUUAAACAGAAGCUGGCUUGGUUUAAGAUUCCUGAGAGCACUAAGAUUGAUACAGUUCUCAGAAAUUUUGCAAUUCUUAAAUAUCUUGAAAACAAGCAAUUCCAUCAAGCUGGUGAACCUGUGUUCCAUCUUCAUAAGCACAUGGCUCACAGCUGCUGGAUUCAUACAUUUGGUGGAAAACUCAGGGGAUCCUUGGGAAAACUUCCAAAAUUCCCAGUCACUAUCAUAUUGGGAAUGUGUCUACUUGCUGAUGGUGACUAUGUCUACAGUGGGCUACGGGGAUGUCUAUGCAAGAACCACCUUGGGGCGCCUCUUUAUGGUCUUCUUCAUCCUUGGCGGUUUGGCCAUGUUUGCCAGCUACGUCCCUGAAAUCAUAGAGUUAAUAGGAAACCGCAAGAAAUAUGGUGGUUCCUAUAGUGCGGUUAAUGGGAGAAAGCACAUUGUGGUCUGUGGUCAUAUUACCCUCGAAAGUGUCUCCAACUUCCUCAAAGACUUCCUACACAAGGACAGGGAUGAUGUCAAUGUAGAAAUUGUUUUUCUCCAUAAUAUUUCCCCUAAUCUUGAGCUGGAAGCCUUGUUCAAACGCCAUUUUACCCAAGUAGAGUUCUACCAGGGAUCGGUUCUCAACCCUCAUGAUCUGGCUCGAGUGAAGAUCGAGUCAGCAGAUGCCUGCUUAAUCCUAGCCAACAAGUACUGUGCAGAUCCUGAUGCUGAAGAUGCCUCCAACAUCAUGAGGGUCAUUUCCAUCAAGAACUAUCACCCCAAGAUCAGAAUAAUCACACAGAUGCUGCAGUAUCACAAUAAGGCCCAUCUACUGAAUAUUCCAAGCUGGAACUGGAAGGAGGGUGACGAUGCUAUCUGCUUGGCAGAGCUGAAGGCAGGCUUCAUUGCGCAGAGUUGUCUGGCCCAGGGCCUGUCGACAAUGCUAGCUAACCUCUUCUCCAUGAGGUCCUUUAUUGAGAUCGAGGAGGACACAUGGCAGAAGUAUUACCUUGAAGGAGUGGCUAAUGAGAUGUACACAGAGUAUUUGUCCAGUGCCUUUGUAGGCCUCUCCUUCCCCAUGGUCUGCGAGCUGUGUUACGUGAAACUGAAGCUGUUGCUUAUUGCCAUUGAAUUCAAGUCUGAGCAGAGAGAGAGCAGAAGCCGAAAGCGCAUUCUCAUCAACCCGGGCAACCAUGUCAAGCUGCAGGAGGGAACACUGGGAUUUUUUAUCGCUAGUGAUGCCAAAGAAGUAAAAAGAGCAUUUUUCUACUGCAAAGCUUGUCAUGAUGACAUCACAGACCCCAAACGGAUCAAGAAGUGCGGCUGCAAGCGACUGAUUUAUUCCAAGAUGUCCGUCUACAAACGAAUGAAACUGGCAUGUUGUUUUGAUUGCGGCCGUUCAGAGCAAGACUGCUCUUGCAUGUCAGGCAGUGUACAUAGUAACAUGGACACCCUUCAGAGGGCCUACCCACUUUCCUCUGUCUCUGUUCAUGAUUGCGCAACCACUUUACGUGCCUCCAUUAGACCGUCAUUACAUCUCAUUACAGCCAAAUAUAAGUAUAACGGAUUUGUCAGAUCACCAGCAGAUGGCGCUACAACACCAGGAAACAGUGGAAGCCAUAAAGAGGCUGGCGUUCGAUUCAAAGCUGAUUGCAAUAUAGUCGAAGACGAGCAUCCGUCAACGCUCUCGCCCAAAAAAAAGCAGCGCAACGGAGGGAUGCGAAACUCACCCAACUGCUCGCCCAAAAUGAUGAGCCGACACGACCCCCUUCUAAUUCCUGGAAAUGAACAAAUUGAGAAUAUGGACAUGAACGUGAAGAGGUAUGACUCGACAGGGAUGUUUCACUGGUGCCCUUCAAAAGACAUCGAAAAAGUCAUCCUGACCCGGAGUGAAGCCUCCAUGACAGUGCUAAGCGGCCAUGUAGUGGUCUGUAUAUUUGGGGAUGUCACGUCCGCUUUAGUGGGGCUGCGAAACUUGGUGAUGCCUUUAAGAGCCAGCAACUUCCAUUACCACGAGCUAAAGCCUAUAGUUUUUGUGGGCUCGCUGGAUUACCUUCGGAGAGAGUGGGAAACUUUACACAACUUCCCCAAGGUCUCCAUCUUACCUGGUACACCAUUAAGUCGGGCAGAUUUAAGGGCUGUCAACAUCAACCUCUGCGACAUGUGUGUAAUACUGUCAGCCAAUCAGAACAAUAUCGAAGAUGCCUCUCUGCAGGAUAAGGAAUGCAUCUUGGCAACACUCAACAUCAAAUCUAUGCAGUUUGAUGACAGCAUUGGGGUCUUACAGGCUAAUUCCCAAGGUUUCACGCCUCCUGGAAUGGACAGGUCAUCUCCAGACAGCAGUCCAGUACAUGGCUUCGUGCGUCAGGCAUCUGUCACCACCGGAUCCAACAUCCCCAUCAUCACAGAACUAGCUAAACCUGGCAAACUACUGCCAUUGGUUUCACUCAGUCAGGAAAAAAAAAGUGGAACCAGCAUACAAAUGAUAACAGAGCUGGUGAACGACUCAAACGUUCAGUUCCUGGACCAAGAUGAUGAUGACGACCCAGACACAGAGCUGUACCUCACUCAGCCCUUCGCCUGCGGCACCGCCUUCGCUGUCAGUGUACUCGACUCCCUGAUGAGUGCGACAUACUUUAAUGAUAAUAUCCUCACGCUGAUUCGAACGCUGGUCACAGGGGGAGCCACGCCAGAGCUGGAGGCUCUGCUGGCUGAAGAGAAUGCUCUCAGAGGAGGCUACAGCACACCGCAAACUCUGGCCAACAGAGACAGGUGUCGCGUCGCCCAGCUAGCCCUCUACGACGGGCCAUUUGCCGACUUAGGGGAUGGCGGCUGCUAUGGAGAUUUAUUCUGCAAAGCACUGAAGACGUACAACAUGCUGUGUUUUGGAAUCUACAGAUUAAGAGAUGCACAUCUCGGUGCACCAAGCCAAUGUACAAAACGAUAUGUGAUCACAAACCCCCCGUACGAAUUUGAACUGGUGCCCACCGACCUGAUCUUCUGCCUAAUGCAGUUCGACCACAACGCCGGCCAGUCCCGGACAAGUUUGUCCCACUCUUCCCACUCCUCCCAUUCCUCCAGCAAAAAGAGCUCGUCCGUGCACUCCAUCCCCCCAUCGAAUCGGCAGAACCGCAGCAGCAAGACCCGGGAGUCCCGCGAAAAACAGAAUGCAACAAGGAUGAAUAGAAUGGGCCAAGAAAAGAAAUGGUUUACAGAUGAACCAGAAAAUGCCUACCCAAGGAACAUUCAGAUCAAGCCCAUGAGCACUCACAUGGCCAACCAAGUCAACCAAUACAAAUCCACUAGUAGUCUGAUCCCACCAAUCAGAGAAGUUGAAGAUGAAUGCUGAACACCAGGCUUUCUUGCUGACUCACCAGACAUCUGUACGCUCUUUACGAAAGAGAUUGGAAGAGAUCACCAAAGGAGGGAUGAUGAUGAUGAUGAUGAUGAUGAUGAUGACAGAGGUGGUGAAGAUUGACACAUUUCUCCUCACUCAUUCUUCUAAUUGAGGGUUGGACAGGAACCCAGACUGGGAAGGGACCUCCUAUGUGUAUAUGUUUAAUGUUACUUCCAUGCUCUUGGACAUUUGUUUUAUUUAUUUAUGUGUCCAUAGAAAUGUAAAUAAUGACAAUCAAAUAAGGAUUGUACAGCCCCUUCCCUCUAGCACUUUUUGGAAUUAUUUUGAGAGUUGACAAAAAAAAAAAAGAGUACUUCCUGUAAUUCUUUGCAAUAGUUCACCUCUUCAUGUGACCAGACUCCAUGGCUGAGGUGACUGGUUAUUGGAGGAUGAGGGUUGCAGCGAUAAACUGAUCAUAUCAUCUCCCAAAGAUUCACUCAGUUGCGUCACAUCAAACCAGCUGGGUUCAUCGCCGUCAUAUCUCCCGUCUGCUUCUGUUCUAUUUGCACUAAAACUGAACAAGUUUCUUUCCACAGAACAACUGGAAACAUCAACACCCCCACCUCCCCACGCCACCUCUGAGUAAAGAGUCUCUGAGGAGAUGACGGAGGAAGGGAAAGGAGGAAGGGCUGCUUGGCUUUGGAGGCAUACUAAUUUUGUUCUCAGUUUGUUACUCAUCGUGUCAUUGCUUUAAGGUUUUGCUGUUUCACCUUGACUCACCAUGUUGAGUGAGAUCAUUCCAGGCCUGGAAAAAAAAAAAAAAAAGGAAAUCAAAUAUUGCAAAUUGGUAAUCUAAAAACUCAAGACAAUGGUGCAGUGUUGGUGCAUGCUGGCUGGAUGGAGAGCUCGAGUCUUCUGCUGAUGUGUCAGAUACCUGUGCUUGAGCCCAGUAGAUAUCGUGGUUGAUCAGCCUGAAUACAUGAAAAGGAUUAAAAAAAAACCAAACAAAAACCUGCUCUGUCCUUCAUGCAUUCAGGUUUAUGUAUAAACUGUGUGUAUGUGUGUGUCGUAUUACAGCCACUUGUCCUUCUGAUGCUGCACUGUCACUCCCCACCAACACUGAUUUGUAUGUGAUGAAGCACCUUUGAGGGAACGGCAUGUUUGGAGAAAAAAAAAAGUCACAAUAGACACAAACAGUAAGAGAUAAUAAAUCAUUUGGAUCUACUAACAAGGCAUCGAGUUGCAUCCAAAACCAAACCAAAAUAGCCAACUAUGAUUGAGCAUAUCUAACAUGAACAGCAGCUGCAUGGCGUUAUAAAUGUAACAGCAUUGGGAUCACUCAGCAAAGUGGUGUAUUGACUGUAACAUAAAGUUAAUAUAUGAGGAAAGAAAUGCCACAUAUUGCGUAAUAGUGGGCAUCAGUGGGUCCUCCUUUGAUCGGAGCAACUGCCUGGCACGGGGUUGGCACAGAGGCAGUAAAGAGCUUGGAUGUUCUCUGUCGCCAGCCCAGAUGUCGCACGCCAAGCUGCUGUGUUCAGUCCUCGAACACGAGGAAAUGCUCAAGCAUAGUUGGUGGAAAUGCAACAAAUGCCACAGGCACAAGGACAAGGAAGUGGAACCUGCUCGGGGUGCAACAUGAGUGUAUUUUCUGUAUGCUAACGCGCUUAUAGAGCCAAACGAGGCUGCUGCACAGAUGGAGGAUUGACCCGGUAGCCUCGUACUCCUAAUAGUCAACCUUGUCCAAGAAAAAAGUAGUGGGAUUUAUACAUUUCAGCAUAAUUAUUUUAUAUCCAUAAACAUAAUCAAUUUGUACUUAUUUUUCUAGUCAAGAGCAAAGUUAAAAGUACUUUAGGAGAAGACUAAAUUGAUAUAUUUAAUUACAACUACAUAUCAAAAGAUUUUAUGUUGGACUGUCACUUUAUGUCACGUAUACUAAAACAAAUGAUUAUUUUUUUAUCACCCUAGCCCCUCUCUGACAGACUGCAUCACUCUGGAGCUAACAUAGCUUAGACUAGCUUGCAUUGUGAAAACAUCUUCAGCUUGGCAGCUCAGCUCUGUUGAGUGCUUGUAGAAAUAAAUUUAGGCUAAUCGGAAGCCUCCUUUGGUUGCACAGAUGCAGUGUCUACUAAAUAAUGUGUCUACUACUAAGCGUCCCUUGCUGAGAACAUGCAUAAAGGGAAGAAAGGCGUAAAGGAGUUAUGUUUUGGGGGAGGGGGUAAAUGUACUUAACUAAGGAGUGGAUUAGAAUGGUUAAUAAUGACGGGAUGAAUAGAAAGUUUCUCCCACUGUGUGCAGACCAGAACCGAACAACCUUUAUUAGAUGACUGUGACCUAAAUUAGGUCCCUAGCAUGGAGUAGGAGUGUGUACACUACCGCACAGUGUGCUGGUAUUUUCCACAGAAUAUGACCGGGAGACGCUGUUCGUUUAUUGCAGCGAUCCUCCUCUAUAGAUUGUAAAGAGAACGUCAUUCUGAAAAUAGAAAACAAUUUUGGAAAAUUGAAAAGACGAUACUGUGCUUAAUAUGUUUGUGUAAACUCAACCCAUGAUAUAGAUCACAUUUCUUUCUCAAUCAAAAUGAUCUGAGCCUCAGUGUCCGUCUAUUGGGUGUGGUACAACUAUGCUGAAGCCUCAUACACAUUGUCCUGAAGUGAACUUUUGAACUGUGAUUACAUCGUUGUCACACAUUGUAGCAAAUAGGUUUCUUUUCGGAAAAAUAUGUGAGUAAAAUGUACGUAUAAUUGGGUUGUUAACGGCAUACUUUCUAGCCUGAACUUUAAGGAAUUAAUAUUUGGUAACGUCGGUCACUCAUUCUACAUAAAAAUCGACAAACUGAUUGUUCUGUUGAGAAAAAAAAGAUGAAUAUGUAUCUCAAAAAAAUAAAAGAUCUUGGUUUAUUGUAGGAAUACGGAGACUAUUCAAGUACUGUACGUGACACAUGGAAAGGUUAGGCAGAAUUUGAUCAGCCAUCACGAAGAUGGAAGGUAGCACCAAUUCAGCAAUUAUCGAAAGACAGGACAUCCUUCGUUUUCCUGUUUCUAUUACUUUGCUUUGUAACAGGGUUUACAUUCCAUUUUGUCAGCUCAUCAUUAUCUGUCACAAACUGUCACAACUGCUUCUUAUUUGUUUACAGAAUAUUUUUGAGGCACUUAAACCUAGCAAAGUGGUACAUGCUGCAAACUGGCAUAAACUCACAAAGUAAUGCACCAUUUACUUUCAUUAUACUUGAUUACUGUGCUUUUUUUUUUUUUUUUUUUUUUUUAGACCUGAACCCUCAUUGCACAACUCAUUCAGGCUGGCAUUACUCACAACACUGGACUGAGAUGUCUCUCCUUCCUACAUCUUUUCAGAUGUUCUUCGCAUUGUAUACCUCUAAAGUUUUUAGAGUGUUUUUUUUUUUUUGAAGUGCCAUGAAGAGUUCAGUUGAGCAGGCAUCCUUCAGUCAUUCAGGGACACAGGCUUCCUUUAAGGGAGUCCACGUGUUUUCCACUGUGAGAAUAAAGUCUUGUACUGACAUGGAGAACAUCCAAGCCAUCAAUGCCUCCAUGCCAGUAUAGUGCCAGGCAGUGCAGGAGGUCAAGAGGAGGGCCCAUAUUAAGUCCCACUAAAGCGAAAAGUGGCAUACAGGAGGCCCGAGGGGCUGAUGGGGCAGAUGGAUACAAGCUUCAGUCAAUAAAUCACACAUGUCCUAUCUGCCAGAUGCUUUGUUAAAGGUUAGCAGGUUGUGUCAUACAGUGUAAUGAGAUAUGGAUGACUGAAAGAUGCACAGAUGUGUUGUUAUCCACUGAACGAAUCAAAAGACUCUGACGCGUCAUAUGUUACUGUUACAGUAUGUUGCAUUAUUUUUGUUAAUCUAUUUUUUUGCUGUAAAGGAUGGAAAUGUACUAGAUAUAUAAUAGAACAUAAAAUACUUAUGGGGAUAGGAGGUGGGUCUCAAGUCUUAAUAAUACAUGAAAACUGCAUUCAGCAUUUUUUUUUAAAGAAAACUUGCUUUUUUUGGCUGCCUAUCAGUUCAGGAAGAAUUCAGGAUAUUGCUCUUGUUUAUCACAGAUAGGAUUUCUUAGUACAUCAUCAUUGCAGCAAACGGAAGUUUGACACAGCAGUCUAAUUAGUUUGGAUGCGUUCAAGAUGUGAUGGAUAAAUGGAUUAUUUGAUGGUGCUGAGUUGAUCUACCUGACUCUGUCAAAUAUAAUCUGCUGAUAAAUAUACUGUCUUGUACAAAAAAAUUGUACAUAGAUUGUACAUGGUUUCUUUUUGUAUUUUUUCUCAAAUUAAAAUGGAUGUAUUUGUGUUCUAAA